AUGCCGAGUAUUGCCUCCGUGGGCGGUAGUUUGGCCGGAUGCCGACCGCAGCAGCAUGGAAUUACUGCAGCUCGCAACUUGAUCCGCACGCGCGUUUUCACGCAAACGUAUUUCUCUCCUCCCGAGCGGUAUACGCGCCUUUCACGCUUCUGGAUUCCGACUGGCGGCCUACACGCAAAAGCCAAGCAGGAAGGUUAUCUUAUACCUAGGUUGGUAGAUGCUUUCGACAAGCUCAUUAGAGCUGGUUUUCUUCGACAGAGCCAGCCAGGAAUAUUCCAUCUGCUGCCUCUGGCUCAGCGGGUUCAGAAUAAACUGGAACAAUUGAUCGACUACCAUAUGGCAUUACUCGGUGCCUCUAAAGUUUCUCUGUCAUCUCUGUCGUCGCAAGCCUUGUGGCAGAAGACAGGUCGUUUGGAAGCCUAUGGUCCAGAGCUGCUCCGUCUUGAGGAUAGGAAAGCUACCAAAUUACUCCUAGCGCCAACACAUGAAGAAGAGAUCACGCUACUUGUCGCUGGUGUCGUGCACUCGUACAAGGACCUGCCGCUGAGGUUAUAUCAAAUAGGACGCAAAUAUAGAGAUGAGCUGCGACCUCGUCAGGGACUUUUGCGUUCUCGCGAAUUCACAAUGAAGGACCUCUACACGUUUGACGUAUCAACUGAAGCUGCCUUGGCUACCUAUCAGCAGGUUCGCAAAGCCUACUCCCAGCUAUUCGACACACUAAAGUUGCCAUACCUUGUGGCGGAAGCCAGCUCGGGCGACAUCGGCGGAGACUUGAGCCACGAGUACCAUCUACCAACGUCUAUCGGUGAAGACCACGUAAUCAGCUGUACCGAAUGUGACUACGUGGCCAAUGAAGAGAUGGCAGUCCCUGCUACUAUGGCCCCGACAGCGGUUGUUCAAAGCGCAGAAAUGAUGUUGUUCCGUGGCAUCACGAAAGACCGAAAGCAAUUGGUCCAUGUGUGGUUUCCUGCCAGCGUCGAGGACAAGCAUACGGGUCAGCCCAGAUUGCUCACAGCCCUGGACAUCAAUAUGCACAUCAUCAAGACUGUUGUGCCCUUGGAUUCCGGCAUCAAACUGCAUGCCGGGAUGGCGGCAGCCUCCAAGGCAGCAUCGCAGCCUCCACUGCGGGCAGUACACAUUGUCGAUCCUAGAGUAGCGACCGCUUUCUCCGACUCGGCGAUGAGAAAGUCACUGGAGCAUGCUGCAAUGCCGAAGAUGGAGGCAGAGUCUUGUGCCGAUGGCUUUCAUGAAAUCGACGUACUUAGAAUGCACGAUGGGGACUCGUGUCCCAAAUGCUCAAUGCCGUCGCUGAGGGUGCAGAAGGCGAUCGAGCUGGGACACACUUUUCAUCUCGGUACUAAAUACUCCAAGGCGCUCUCCGCUCAGGUUCAGAUUCCUGGUGAGGCGGAUCGAGCCGUCUCUCAGCGGACAUUUGUGCAGAUGGGAUGCCACGGUAUUGGCGUGUCUAGGAUCAUUGGGGCUGUCGCAGACCAUCUUAGCGAUGACAAGGGUCUAAACUGGCCUCGACAUAUCGCUCCAUUCGAGGUUGUCGUGGUGCCCUUCCCAGAGUAUGCAGAAGAUGCUGCCACUGUUGCUACACGCUUGUCUGAAACGAGGAGCACUACCGACGUUGCCUUGGACGUCUUACUAGAUGACAGGCCGCUGUCCCUGCCCUGGAAGGUCAAGGACGCUGAUGCUGUGGGCUAUCCCGUCGUAGUCGUGCUUGGACGGACGUGGCAAGAGAACCGUACGUGCUCUGUACAGUGCCGUCGUCUUGGCUCGGUCCGCGAUGUAUCUCUUGACGAGCUGGCUGUGCACGUGAGGCAGCUUCUCGAGCAAAUAUGA